AUGGCAACCCUUCCGAAAUCUCCCCAGGAAAAUCAGUUUACAGUUGCCGAUAUUCCAAAAGAUAAUAUAUUGGAAAUUAAAGAAAUAAUAAAAAACCCAAUAUUUAAUGAAUAUUAUAUCAAAAUAAAAGAAUUAAUAACGGAAUAUAGAAAGGAUACAAUAUAUCACAUAUUAAUUCCUUCUUUAUUAGCCAUUUCACAUCACGCAUUAAUUAAUGAAGGAUUUUUAAAUAAUAAACAUGAAAUUAAUUAUAAAAUUAAAUUUAAUGCUCGAUUAUUAGCCGUAGCAAAUCACUUGACAGAAGAUUCGGUUAAUCAACACUUAGAAUGGAUGAAAUUGAACACUUAUACCUUUAAGUACAAAGAAAAAAAUAUGAAUAGAAUAGAAUAUACAGGUCAAAUACAAAGCUUAUUAGAAGACCUUACCUGGCAAAAUGAAUAUAUUAAUGGAUGGAAUAAAUUAGUUAGAUAUUUUUUAUUGGGAAUCAUGAUGUAUGGAUACUACCAAAAUGAUUUAAGUAAAUCAAUAAAAAAAAAUAAAAAAGCAAAACAACAAAAAUCAAAUUUUUUGAACGAGCUAAAUAAAGCAGUUUCUAAAUGCACCAAUAGUAUAAUGGAAGAAAGUAAAACUAGUACUACAAUUAAUUCUGCUUUAGAAAUAAUUAAAAUGGAUAAUGAAUCUGCUGAUAGUAAACUAACAAAGGAAGAAUUAAUUAAAAAACUCAAGGGUCAUUUAAAGUUUUCAUAUUACUUAUUUUAUUUUGUUAGAAUGUUUGGAUAUGUAUCAUUGAUAGCUUCAGUUUCUCCAGAUCUGGCAGACAAACUACUAAAAUCAAUUAAUCCAAAAAAUUUAAACGAAAUUAAUAAUUCUUUUAAUGAUUUAAAAGAAAUUGAUUUAGGAAAAGAUCUAAUCGCAAAAAAUGCAGAAUAUGGAAAUAUAAUUUGCAGAACAGUAAUUGAAUGCAGUCAAACUAUGAAAAUACAUAACGAUAAAUUAAAAGAAGGCUUAGAGGAAUUAAUUGAUCGUUAUGCUUUUAAUACUUAUAGUAACAUAAUAUUCGAAGAAAUAAAUAUUAAUAAUGAGAAUAACUACAGAAGCGAAUUUAAUGCAAUAUCAGACGACGACGAUAUAAGCAUGGACGAGGACGAGAAAAAUAAAAUAAUGGAUAAAUUAAAUGAAGAUAUACAAGAUUUAAAAAGAAAAUCAAGCAUUGAAGCGUUUAAUACAGAAAGCCAGAUAAUUGAUGACAUUAAAAAAAAUGAAAUGCGUUCUCAUAUAAAAACUAUUCGUAAUGCACUUGACGAAAACAUUUAUAAUGAAUUAAUUAAAAAAUCAAAAUUUAUAGAUUACAAUCAUGUAUUUAUAAUGGAAGAAAAAGAAAAAGAGAUCAUACAAAAAAAUGUUAUUGAUUUUCGAUCAGAAUUAAAUAAUCUUCAACAAACUCAAUUCAAUAACAACUUCAAUACAAUUACAUCACAAUAUCAAAAUAACGUUGGCUUUGAUUGUUUAAAUGAUGAUGAUAAAAAUCUUUUUAUAUUGAAUGAAACAGUUAUUUAUUGCAACAAUUCUAAUUUUUUUACACAAUAG